AUGUCUCGCGUCACUGCUCCCAUGUCAAAAAUCGCCAGAGCUCUCAGCAGCUCACCGUCCAGUACAACCGCCGCGCGUUCCGCCCGGGAUGGUUCUGCGCACAGCGCUGGCGCCGCCCUCAUGCCCAAAUAUGCAGAGCUGCUGCGCAACCGAAGAAGUAACGAGCAUUCAGAUUCAUCCCGCGGGCUUACCACUACGCACCGGCCGACGCCCCAGCCUUCCCUUGCCAACCGCAGCAAACCUCUGAUGCAGACGUUCCGCUCCUCUGCCCCCUCGGCCCUGCACUCUUCGUCCACACACAUCGAUGCCGCUGUGCUCCCGUCAAUGAGCUCGCUCACUGGCCCUUCCCAGGCCGACGACGGACCUCUUGUGCCGCUCCUUCCCGACAACUACGGCGCUGCUCACACUCCCAUUGCGGCCGAGCCCGCUUCCAUGCCCGAAGUCACCAUCGUCGCAGCCGACCCUGAGAACGUGGUUCCUGGAGCGCCCAACGCCGGAGUGGAAGGUAUAGGCCUCGACGGCGUCGAGUUGAAGUUUCUCUACCACGAGAACAGCCAGCACCGCGAGCAAGACGAGAGCAGCAGGGGUAUGAUUCGCGAUAUAUGGAAAGGCAUGGUCGAGGAUGUCUUUGGCGGUGCGCCGAAAAAGGCCCUCUGA